CGCGUGGAGACGCGUCACCCCUGCACAGCUCAUCAUGGAGCCAGCAACCUCGACUCUUGAGUCUCGCCGAGGUGCGGUGGUCAUUGCGAACUCGCCGGUCGCCAUCGUCCCCUGGACUCCUUCAACGUACCUUUCUGUUUGAGUCCGUCAGCAGUGAGCAAGUGCGAACCAUGGACCCCGGCUCUGUUGGAUCAUGGUAAACACUUGAAGUGGACUUCAGUAGCUGCCAAUGGCGACGCAUCUGGCUUCCUGGCCGCGGCCAAGCCUGACCGUAUCCUUGAGCAGCGCGCAGCACGGAUCCUGUUUGCGACCCUCGUGAGACCCGUCAGCUUGGCGAUGAUCUAGGGAUUAAUCUUGCAUGCGCAAGGUGGGCUUGGAGCCUCACAACAAAUGGCAAGCUGAAGAAGGAGCCCAACUGGUCACUGUCUGAGCAGAACAGGUGGCUGGCUAAUCUGGAUCUCAUAUGGCUGGCUAAUCUGAGUCCCAUAUGGCUGGACAAGUGGACAAUCGGCGCUAUGCAGCAACAGGUGCAAUACAUCAGAUGUGUCUCUGCACAAGCAAGCUGAUGAGGCGACAGACAGUCAAAGUCAGCCAAAGACACGAUGGGCAGUUCUGCAAUCCUAUGACUCUGAUCGGUAUGCUAGCCAGAGGAGAAGAACCUACAGACGACCCGAUUGAGGUCGGUGCAGCAGCGCUCGACGUCAUUCGCAAGAUGAUGGGACCGAUCCAAGCACCAGACGAUUCCAAUGGCGCUAAUGACAAGAGUAAAGAUGAGAACACACCUAGAGUAGACAUCAUGCCCAGCAUGCUGGUGGAACUGUUUCAGGAAUCGGACAUGAAUGCGCCUGACCGUACUGGUGCACUGGGGAUGUACGAGCAAUUAGCAAACGAGGGACAGUUGGGCGACGAUGAACAUGUUCAGAUUCUCAGGAACUUGCUUGGCUGACCAACGUUGACG